CGGCGGCGCUGGAGCGCAAGCUGAGUUGCCCAGCUGCUGGGUCCCGAGCUCCUACUAGGUGUCUCUUGUUAACUAGGUGGUUUUCCUGGACUGGAUGUUAAGUUUCCGGGUCUUGGAAUUGUGGUUACCGCUUAACAAACAUGCUUUUUUUUUUUUUGGCUUUCAUUCAAAAGUAUUGAGCGGUCCCUUUGGGCCAGAUCGUAAGUAAAGAACCAAACGAAUGAGAUUUAUGCCUUCCUAUACGGGAAAUAGUUUCAGUGACUGAGACUAUCCGUGAGUGUUGCAAGAAGGAAGAGAUUGUCAAUUAUUUCAUGUAUUGCCGAAUCCCAACAGUGAUAAGACCUGAGAAGUGACCAUAGGGUUUGGCAACAUAGAAGUAGAGGUUGAUCGCGGUAAGGCUUUUCAUGAAGCGAUAAAGACGCCAUUCAGAUCGGAUGGAUUGAAAUAUGAGUGGGAGCCACAAUGAGCAAGUCUUCAGAGACCCGUGGACACCCCCACAGUGUCAGCUCCCCUUCAGAACGGGUGUUCUCCAUACCCCUGCCGAAGAAGGCCCCUCUCAAUACCCCUGGCACCCCGGUCCUUGAGGACUUUCCCCAGAAUGAUGAUGAGAAGGAGCGACUACAGCGGAGGCGCUCCAGGGUCUUUGACCUGCAGUUCAGCACAGACUCGCCUCACCUCCUCGCCUCCCCCUCCAGCAGGAAUGUCGAUGUUUCAGCUACAACUCCUAAGUUUACAAACACGCAGAUUACAGAACAUUACUCCACCUGUAUCAAGCUGUCCACUGAAAAUAAAAUCACUACAAAGAAUGCUUUCGGCUUGCACUUGAUUGAUUUCAUGUCAGAGAUCCUUAAACAGAAGGACACUGAACCGACCAACUUUAAAGUAGCUGCUGGUACACUGGAUGCCAGCACCAAGAUCUAUGCUGUACGAGUAGAUGUUGUCCAUGCUGAUACAUACAGAGUCCUGGGGGGGCUCGGCAAGGAUGCCCCAUCUCCAGAAGACGAGGAGGACCCUGGUGCAGAUGGAAGUGCUACCGAAACAAGAUCAACCAAAAAGCCUCCAAAACCAAAGAAGAAGCAUUCCUAUAAAACCAUUGAGCAGAAUUUAAACAACCUCAAUGUCUCUGAAGCGGAUCGAAAGUAUGCGGUGGAUCCCAUGUUUCAGAAGACCGCCGCCUCAUUUGAUGAGUGCAGCACAGUGGGGGUGUUUCUCUCCACCCUACACUGCCAGGACUACCGGAGUGAGCUGCUGUUCCCUUCUGACGUCCAACCUCUCUCCACUGGCGAGCCCCUUGAGCUCCCAGAUUUGGGCUGGGUUGAGAUGACAGAUCUGAAAGCACCCUUGCAGCAGUGUGUGGAAAAUUGCCAGCUCUGCCCUUCCCUGGCCGGCUUCCAGUUCACCAAGUGGGACAGUGAGACGCAUACUGAGUCUGUGUCAGCUCUGGUAGACAAGUUCAAGAAGAGUGACCAGGUGUUUGAUGUCGACGCCGAGGUUGAGGAGAGUGAUGGCGGGGACUUCCUCGAUGGGCCCCUGGAGGAUGACUUUGAUGCCAAUGAUGAGCCUGAGCACACUGCAACAGGGGACCAUGAAGAGUUCAGGAGCUGGAAGGAGCCCUGCCAGAUCCAGAGCUGCCAGGAAGAAAUGAUUUCCCUUGGGGAUGGAGACAUUCGGACCAUGUGUCCCCUUCUGUCCAUGAAACCUGGAGAAUAUUCCUACUUCAGUCCCCGGACCAUGAAGAUGUGGGCUGGCCCCGAUCACUGGCGCUUUCGGCCUCGACACAAACAAGACACCACCUCCCAGUCAGAGACCAGGAAGAGGAGUACAAAGAAAGAUUUUGAGAUAGACUUUGAUGAAGAUAUUGACUUUGAUGUAUAUUUUCGAAAAUCAAAGGCGGCUACUGUUCUGAGCAAGUCCACCCUGGAGAACCAGAACUACAGAGCUACCACUCUUCCUACGGAUUUCCACUACAAGAUCGAUACCCUUGUCCAGCUGCAUCUCAAACCAGGCCUGAGGUUACUUAAGAUGGACCAGCGCCAGAAGACAGGGACUGAGCACUAUGAAGAAAUUGGGGACUAUGACUACAACAACCCCAAUGACACCUCCAACUUUUGCCCUGGGCUCCAGGCUGCUGACAGCGAUUCUGAAGAGUCAGAUGACUUACUGGCAGCACCAGUUGGGACCUUUGACCUCACAUCUGACCCCUGCCACACACCUACGACAGCACAAGAGAAUGGUGAUGCUCCUGAGGGCCCAGCUGACAUCACAACAUAUGGGGAGUCCAACCUGGUGGCCGAGCCUCAGAAGGUAAAUAAAAUUGAAAUUCAUUAUGCCAAGAUUGCCAAAAAGAUGGACAUGAAGAAGCUGAAGCAAAGCAUGUGGAGUCUGCUGACGGAUUCCCCCAGAAAGGAGGCUAGCACCGAGGUGAGCCUCAGCGAACCUGGUGCAGGAGGAGCUCCGGUGGGGGUGGCUGGCAACAAGAUGCUCAGCGGGCUCACAAAGGACCUGCAGAAGAACCUGCCCCCCAUCAUGGCCCAGAACCUCUCCAUACCUCUGGCUUUCGCCUGCCUCCUGCACUUGGCCAAUGAAAAGAAUCUGAAGCUGGAAGGAACCGAGGAUCUUUCUGAUGUUCUUGUGAGGCAGGGCGACUGAGGCCUGGUCGUCUCCAGUCUGGGUGAACGAAGAUAUGGGUGCUGCAACAAGGCUGUCACCAGCGACCAGAGUGCCUGUCAUGUGCUUGUCACCAUCACUGUCAGUGCUGUGCCCGAGGCUCUGUGCACAGCUGACUGACCCACUUGGGCAGGAUAAGGAGCAUGGCAGCAUGAGCUCAUGACCCAACUGUGAUCAGUGUCCACUGUGUAUUGGGUGCUUUGUCUCCUCUAUCCAUCUGUUAUUUUCCACUUUACUCUUGUAGAAAAGAAUUGUUCCAUAGCUGCUUAAUGUUCUUGAGAGCUCCCUCGUCUGUGUAUAUAAAGUACUCUGUGUGUACACUUAUAAAUGUAUAUAUAAUGCUAAAAAAUGAAAUCUUCCUGAAGGAUGUAGUGGAUACCUGCAUAUCACUAGGUGUGUGCUAUUAGUGUUGGGUAUGGUUACUCCUCCCUGGGCACAGUCACUGUGAGGCAGGAAGUGCUGGAGGAUGUGAUCCACCUGGUGGGAGAGUGGAGAAGGGAGCAGUUGCUGCCUGGAGGGGCGACUCCAGGUGGGAUCCAUGUCUGAGCUCCCUUGGAGUCUGCAGGGGCAGGGUAUGGUGACCCCAACUCAGGAAGUGCCUACCAGUCACUUUGCGGUUGUUGUAUUCGGCCUCCACAUCCCUGGAAGCAGCACAUGGUCACCACAGCACGUCACAGGUGAGGUGAUGCCUGAGGCAGCUGCCUGGGAGCCACAGUUCCUGGCCACCAGGUCAUGAGCCACUUGCAGAGAGAGCAGUGGCACCCAGCUCCUCAGAAGUCAGCACCCACAGAUCUAAACUUUCUUCCCAUUAUCUCAGGGACCCACAGAGUACACUGCUUGCAGCUUGGAACAGGAUUGCAAGUAUGGACCUGAGGAAUUCUGUUCUUGGUGGUCCUUGGCUCUGCUGGAACCCCCGCCCCCUCCCUCACUAGCUCAGUCAAGAUCUCAGAUGCUAGUCCAGAAGCAGCAGGGUAUGGGGCUAGGGAUUUAGCUCAGUGGCACCGUGCCUUCCUGGCAAGUGCAAGGUCCUGAGUUCGAUUUCCCAUACUACCACCAAAAACCAAAACAAAACACAGGGUAUGUAAUUGGUGAUUAUUCUUGAUACUAACAUGUUCCCAAGCUAAAACCAUACCAAAUGCAAGCCAGAAAUGUGCUCCCCACCUGCUCUGCUUCAUCACUUGUGAUGGGCCUAGUGGGACAGCAGCACAAGUUUCCAUUCUGGUGCACUCAGUCCUCGUGCUUGCCCUUUGGUGCCAAGAGCAGCUCUCAGAGCUCACUUGCCCCUCUGUUGCACUUCUCUGCUAUGGGGUCUGGACCUAAUGAACUCCCCUUUCCAUCUGCUCCCAAACUCCUCCCUCACAUGACUCAUGGGUGCUGAGGCCUCAGUGCUUGUGUCCCUUCCACAAUUGCCUGUGUUGAACCUAAUUCUCAAAAGUAAUGUGAUUAUGAGGGGGCACUUCAGAUGUGAAUGUUACAAAUGAGAUUAGUGUUCUUGUAAGAGGCUGAGUGCUUGUUCGCCCCUUCUCCCAUUCAAGGACACAGCAAGAAGGCACCAUCACUAAGCCAGGAAACAGCCCGUCCCACCCACCAACUUGCCAGGGCCUUGACAGACAGACAACCCACCCUCUAGAGCUGGGUGAUUUCCUGUCGUCUAUAAGCCCCCAUCUACAAGCAUAGAAGGACCAGCCCAGGCAGCCAUGUGUGUUCCACUUAGUUUUCUGCCAUAAGAUUUUCACUUGAGUGUUUUCUCUUUUGAGAUUCCCUAUUCAUUGUCAAAUUAUUUGAGCAUUUUCUUUUUAAAUUCUUUUCGAACAUGCUUAAAAUAGCAAUUCUAGUUUUUGUCAGCUAAUCUGAGCCCUUGUAGCAUCAACUGAUUACUCUUUUUCCUGAAUAUAGAUUACAGAUUCA